CAGGUUAUGGAGGCGCUUAAGAAAUCGAUCUUUGUCGCCUCGCACCCGAUCCUGGCGAAGAGCGCGAGCGGGAUGCCACUGGGCCGUUCAGAUCUCCGAUCUCCAUGUGAGUGUUUUUCAUCCAAAUCGAGCGGAAGUCUGGCCUCGCGGCUUUUGGCGCUCGUCCGGCCUGCCCUGGUGCUCGUCACCGGCGAUCUCACUGAUGCCAAGAACAGAGAUACCUCUCUGUGAGAAGGCAAGACGAAGCCGAGUGGAUACAAAACUAUGAAGCACGUAUCGAAAGAGAGCCGAUUGCCACAAAGUGUGUUCUUCGAUCUUCGUGGCAACCAUGACAGGGUUGGUGUCCCCAAUCGCGAACUGGACUUCUUUUCUUGGUACAGCAUCAGCGCAGAUAUGAAUCGUGUCGGUCGAUCCUGUUCAAGCGGGAACUGUCACGGUUCCUGGUGGCUGGACGUACUUGUUUCUUGGUUUUGAUGAUAUCAUGGCCAUCGGGCUUCGCGUGGCCAACAAAUCUGUUUGGCGACAGACUCCCUGAAAAUGGAGUCCCUGCUCGAAGGCUUUGAAAAGAAGCAGUCACGCAGUUCUUCCGCCAAGGUAGCGUUUGGACACUUUCCAAUGUCUUUCACGGCCUCUUCAGAAUCAGGGAGACGAGGCAUACUUAUCCACACUAAGUUUGCAAAUCAUGUAUGGGCUUCGGGCGGAGCUCUAGCAGAAAGAACGAGUUUUGGGAGUGGGAAAUCGAGGACUGGAGAGCUUUCACUUGAUCGCAUUCGAGCUGUGUUCUCCAAAGGUGCCGAUUACUGCUGUGAGCUGGUGUGGCGGCGGCUAAAGUCAGUUCCAGUUCCAGCAUCUAUGUCUCAGAUUGCGUCAGUCUUGAUCGUCUUAAGGACAUCGGUGGUGUACGAAGAGUCUCGGGAUUAUGCGGGACACAGACUUGGCAGAAACAGAUCACCGACGUUGUGCAGUAUAUUGAAGAGAGGCUUGACGAGGUCUGGAAGAGAUUCAAGCCCAGGGAUGUGCCGAAAAACAGUAAAAUGAGGCUACAGGUUCGAAUCAAGUAAUGUUUAG